CGGAAAAAAGACAACUCUUCUGUAAUCCGAUCACACAUCCAAACAGAUGAGAGCCUGAGAGCCUGAUGCACACCGGAGCAGCUUUAAUGCUGCACGCAGUUUGUAAAAGUUAUUCAAACUUUGUCUAACAUGCUUGUUUUUUACCAAACGCGAGUCUCUCGGUGCUUCUGAGCCGCAAACUGACUCCACAGAGGUGAUAUGUGAUAGCAGCAGCAUGCCAUACGUGGACCGGUUGAACCGUGUAUGCGGCUUCCUAGACGUGGAGGAGAAAGAGAACAGCUGCCGCUUCCAGAGGCGAUACUUCAUCCUGGACAUACAGGAGAAUGCUCUGCUGUGGUAUAUGGACAACCCUCAGAACUUGCCCAGUGGAACUAGCUUUGUUGGCAGCCUGAGACUAACCUACAUCUCUAAGGUGAGUGAAGCUACAGUGAAGCAAAAGCCAAAGACAGAGUUCUGCUUUGUCAUCAAUGCGGUUUCCCGGAGGUACUUCCUCCAAGCCAACGAUGUGACUGACAUGAGGGACUGGGUGGCGGCUCUCAAUAAGGCCAGCAAGAUCACUGUUCCUAAGUCUGGCCCUGCAACUCCGAGGUCCGUUGUGACGGCAGUAAUCAGCGACACUCAGGGAGGGAGGAGACAGCAGGCCUACAAGACCGAGAUCAUCGGUGGCGUGGUGGUGCACACUCCCAUCCAGAAUGAGAGCGAAGAGACAGAAGGGAGGGAGAGGAAAGGCAACAAGCCAGGUGUCUUGAGGUGCGGUUACUGUGUCAAACAAGGAAAUGUGAGGAAGAGCUGGAAGAGGCGUUUUUUCACCCUGGACGACAAUGCAGUCAGUUACUACAAGUCUGAGAUGGAUAAGGAGCCUCUCCGAGCUGUCCCACUGAGGGACAUUCAGAAGGUCCAUGAAUGUCUCGUCAAGUCAGGGGAUCUCCUGCUGAGAGACAACCUGUUUGAGAUCAUCACCAGCUCCCGAACCUUCUACAUUCAGACAGACUCUCCAGAGGAGAUGCAUUGCUGGAUCAGGGACAUUGAGAUGAAGAUCCAGGACUUCAGAGGUCCCCCUAAGGGUUUUCCAUUUAGACGUACGUCUUCUCUCUAUCGGAGUCAGAACGCCUCCACGGCGUCUCGAGGUCAACAGGGCGAUGAGCGCCGACCUGCACUGGUCAAGUCCUGCUCUGUGGCCCCGGGCUGGCAGCCCUGGACGCCCGUCCCUCCGUGUGAGCCCUCCAUUCUGGACGCAGAGGAUGAAGACAGUGUUUUCAGCUCUUUGCCCACCUUGCCUUCGCUCUCCUCCUCCUCCACCUCUUCCUCAACCUCCUCCUCCUCCAACUCCCUCUCCGCCCCGACCCCUGGCCCCUGCGCCAAUCCAGCAGCUUCAGCCAGCGGAAUGGGGAUCCUCACAGCAUCCGGAGAUGUGGCCAGCGGGCGUCGGAGGCACCGCUCGCAGCCUCAGCCUCACAGUGGCUGCAGCUUCCCCUUCAGCCUGGACGACGACAGCAUCCGCACCACAGACGUCUAACUUCAGUGAAGUCUGUCCAGACUCCUGUUUGGACUUGAGAGUUGGUACCUGCUUUUAAAAUGAAUGUGACUGGUAAUAAUAGUAUUCCCUGCUAAUGAAGUGACACUGUGACCAUCUGCCUCAACACCAUGACGUGAGAUGGAGGCCCCCUGCUGGUCCUGUAGCUGUAUUGCAAGCGAAGUACGCACUCAGCUGGAAGAGGACCAAGAGGCGCAGUGUUGGUUGUUGUUCACAGGACUGUGAAGAAGUACGAUGGAGUGUUUUUUAGUGCAACUUCCUCUGAAAACUUGAAUAAUCUUGUUGUUAAUUGUUCUUGCUAACUAACAAAUUAUGGCACAUGCUUUCAUUCUGUUGCACUUGGCUCCCCUCGGAGUUACUCUGUCAUCUAACCCUGUUUUCACCACUGCUAGAAGUAUUCACCAAGAAGUGUUUGAAGGCAUUUAAACACAUUAGUAUCCGUAUGUUUUAUAUUCAAGCUCAUCUUCACAAAAUCAUUUAAAAAAUGUGGUCGUUUUUAUUUUAUUUUGAGCAGUGUUUUUUUCUCUUCUUCCUGAAACGCAUGUUAUGUGACAUCAACUUUUCUUCAUUAAUAAUUAACAAGCAUUUGUUUACUAACAUCUAAUCAGGUGUAUGGUGGAAAGUAUAAGUAUAGGUCUCAUAAAAAAGGUACAACUGAAUGAGGGCUCUUCUGUUGUCAGCAGCAGCUUUUUAUGUGUUCGCACUGUUUUAAACAGGAGCGUUUAAUACUUCAAAGAAGAUCAACCGUCAGUAAACUGUGACUCCCCUCGUAGCUUUUAACAGGGUACCGUAAUGAUACAGCAGUGUUUUAGAUGGUACUUGUCGUAGAAUGUACUGCCAACAUCAAAGUACAGCAGAUCAGCUGGUUGACAGCUUUGUAAAUGUGAUUUUCUUAUUUUAGCAUUAUGUGGGAAAAUGUGCCACUACGUUUGGUAAUUUAACUGUAAUUCUGCACUUUGCUUGUCUCAUUUUUACUUGUUUUGUUUUUUGCCUUCACAGCAGAUAUUACAGCUUCCUCUGAGAUGAUGCCUCAGAUACGUUGUGUUGUUACACCAGUAGUCUCAGCCCUCCUCGGGUUCACCUCAACACUUCAUUGAUGUGGCACCAUGUUCAUGACUGUUUCCGUUUUCUGAAGCUGUGUGCACUCGUCUGCCUGCGUAUAGACUUAAUUUUCUUUCUUGUACAUUAAAUGAUGCUUUUUAUUUGUC